CACACAUAAACAGAUCUGAAGAUCCCCUGUGCAGCAGCCGACCUUCAUAGAUCGAAAGAGAGAUGUCUCACAACACUUCAUCAUCGUCUCCGGUGAAUGAUCCCCGGCAACCUGCCGCUGCCAGGCGAUAUGUGGCUCCCGUCGUCGCUGCUCAAGAUCUUCCUAUUGACUACUCAGGUUUUUUCGGGAUCAUCUUCGGCGUUGCCGGCUUCAUGUUCAAGUACAAGCUUUGUUCUUGGUUAGCAAUCAUAUGCUGCGCUCAAUCAUUGGUGAACAUGAGGAAUUUUGAAACUGAUCUCAAGCAGGUCUCCAUGGCAAUGAUGUUUGCUAUCAUGGGACUGGUGAACCAUUAUCUUGGAGUUGCUAAACCGAAGAAUAGUUAAAUUUUUAGGAGUUUUAUUAUUGCAUUUAUCGAGUUUUUUGAUUAUAUCCUUGCUCUCAAACAAUAGUUCAAUAUUUAUGUUUGGUGUAACAACUUAUUCAGAUGAAUCAUAACCCUUUUUUCUGUUUC